AUGGCCACUCCAAUCCUUCUACUUCUCGGGGCAGGAUCUAACAUCGGCCACCACGUAGCACGCUCCUUCGCCGAAAAAGGCUACAAGAUCGCACUUGUAUCCAGAUCUCUAAAAGAAGAAGAUAGCACCCAAGAUCAAUUCAGCAUCUCAGCCGAUCUUUCAAAUCCAACUUCCAUAACCGAAGUCUUCUCAAAAGUCAGGACACGACUCGGUCAUCCAAGCGUCGUCGUCUACAAUGCCGCCGCCGCAACGCCAAGCGACCCUAAAGACCCCCUCUCCCUCUCCCUGACCGAGUUCAUAAACGACACAAACAUAAACACGACGAGCGCCUUCGCCGCCGCAAAAGAAGCAGUCCUCAGCUUCGCCGAACUCCCAGAGGCAGCAUCAAAAACAUUCAUCUACACAGGUAAUAUCCUCAAUACGACCGUCAUGCCACCUCUCCUCGAUCUGGGUGUUGGCAAGGCAGCCACAGCUCAUAUCAUCCAAUUAGCGGCCGAGGCCUAUGCUGACAGGGGAUACAAGUUCUACUAUGCCGAUGAACGCAAGGCUGAUGGGUCCAGUGCUGGUCGCUUGAUUAGUGGGGAGGCCCACGGUGCGUUGUAUGUUUCGCUGUCUGAGGAUUCGUCGCAGGGUCCUUGGCAGCAGACUUUUGUUGAGGGUGUUGGGUAUAAGCAGUUCUAG